AUGCCCCCAAAGCGCACUGCCAAAGCGGCUGCGCCCAAGGCCGCCACCGCGAAACCCGCAACCAAAACUCGCGGUCGACCAGCUGCCACGAAACCUGCCACCGCUGCUGUUGCUACUGCAGCUGCAGUCAAGAAAACCGCGCCAGCAAAGAAGAGCACUACGAAAACCACCAAAAAGACCAUCCAGUCCAAAAAGCCCCUUCAAGAAGCCAAGGCCAACACAAGCGCAAAGCGCAAGGCCGAUGCUGACCUCGAAGAAAAACCCCAGAGCAAGAGACAGAAGAAGCAGGUUGCCGAGAAAACCAAACCUUCCACGACCGCAAAGCGCGUCAUCAAGAAGCCCACCACAAGAGCUCCAAAGCCUGCUCCGGCGCCCAAGCCUCCCAAGAAGAAAGUUGUCAUCAACACUGCGCCAACUACGCGUCUUGAUGUGUUUGCGUUCGGCUCGAACAGCUUUGCAGAGCUUGGUAUGGGCGAUACCUUCAAGAAGGCAGAGUGCCCACGCGCAAAGUUCAAUACCGUCCUUUCUGAGGCAGGCGUCGUUCAGAUUUCUGCCGGCGGAAUGCACGGUAUCGCGCUCACUCAUGACAGCAAGGUGCUUACGUGGGGCGUGAAUGACCAGGGAGCUUUGGGCCGUGACACCACCUGGGAAGGUGGACUGGUGGAUAUGGACAAGGCUGAGGAGUCGGAUUCGGAUGAAGACGAGGAGAUUGAAGUCAACCCUAAAGAAGCCACUCCCACUGCGAUUGACUUGUCUGGCGUCGAACCUGGAACUGUCUUCACUCAGGUUGUUGCUGCUGACAGUGCUUCUUUUGCCCUUACUGAUGAUGGUCUUGUCUAUGGCUGGGGAACUUUCCGCAAUAGCAAUGGUGUCUGGGGCUUCUCGCCAGACGUCCAAGUUCAGCGUACUCCAACGCUUGUUACCGGCAUUAAAGAUGUCACCAAGCUCGCUGCUGGUAGCAACCAUGUCCUUGCUCUCCUGACUGAUGGCUCCGUACACUCUUGGGGAUCGGGCGAACAAGACCAGCUGGCUCGUCGCCUUGUGGAGCGCCAUGCCAAAAUCCAAGGCCUUGUUCCUCAAAAAGUUGGCUCGCGCCGUGGAUUUGUUGACAUCGCUGCCGGCGCCGACCAUUCCUUUGCCGUCUACAAAGAUGGAUCUGUCUAUGGCUGGGGACUCAACAACUACGGUCAGACCGGUAUUCCAGCCAAGGCCGGCGAGAGCGAGGCUGGCGUACUCAAACCUACUGUGAUUCCAAGCUUGAAAGGCCAGAGCAAGAUCACUCAAAUCGCCGCCGGAAACUUCAACAGCCUUGCCAUCACCGAAAAGAAUGAGAUUCUCGUCUGGGGCCGCAUCGACAACCACGCCACCGGUAUUGAUCCUACCACCCUCUCCAAGGACGACGUCAUUUUUGACGAAAGAGACCGACCCCGUAUCCUGGCCAAUGCAACCCCCAUCCCCAAUCUCGAGGUUACCUAUGCCACCUACGGCACCGAACAUGCUAUUGCAAUCACCAAGGACGGCAAAGCUUACUCCUGGGGCUUCAACUCCUCCAACCAGACCGGCCAGCCGGGUGACGACGUCAAGGUUGCUACUCUGAUUGACUCCAAGGCCGUGCAGGGGAAAAGCUUCAUCUGGGCUGGUGCUGGCGGUCAAUACGGCAUGAUUGCGUCGACCAGUGGUCCUGCCACUGCUGAUAAGGAGGAGACCACCAAGCCUGAGGCUGCCUCUGCUUAA